UUGUGCUCUUCAUUGUGCUUGAUUGAUUUUGUUUUGAAAGAAGAAUGAUUUUGCUGUGAUUUUGAUUCUUGAUCCUCAAUAGCUUUAAAUAAUAUAAUUUUUAUUAUUUUUGGCUUAUUGCUUAACUCUAACUCUUUGUUGUUUACCUGUACUUAAAAAACAGCUACCCUGGCGUCCGAAAACUAUCCAAAGAAGAUGCUUGACGGGUGGUAUUGUCGCUCCAUAGCGAAUAUGCAGGCUAAUGAAGGAGCAAGCGCCAGUAAUAGUGUGAGAGCAGAUGCGCCUCACAGCCACGAUUCACAGAAAGACUAUUCUAGCGACAGUAGCAGCGAUCCAGAACCUGAACCUAAUUACAAAGCUCAGUAUUUAACACUCAAGAAGAAACUUAAGUAUCUUAUUUACGAGAAUGAAUGUUUCCAAGAUGCUUUAAGAUGUAGUCAAAAAAGGCUGCUAAAGGUUUCUCGCGAUCGCAGUUUCCUGUUAGACAGGCUGUUGCAAUAUGAAAAACAUGAAAGCACCACUUCAGAUAGUGAAGAUACAGAGUCCUCAGAUGACACAACUUACAAUCAUGCUGAGACAGUGAAAAGGAAAAAAAUGGACACCAGUGCUGGUCCGCAAGUCUUAUCCACACCAUCUGCAAUCAAUAAAGGUCUCAAUAAUACUAUGAAAAGGAAAAGAGCUGUUGUCCCUAAAAAAACACCAAAUACUAAUAAUCCUCAUCAAGCUAGUGGCAUCAUGAUGGCGAAGGCAUCGCCAGCACUAGGAUUUGGACUUUCUGCCAGCGAUGGUCACAUGACUCCCGAAGAGGUGGAACGCCACUUACAGUCGCGACAAUCUUACCUCGAGCUGUUGCCUGAGCGAGCUCCUCCCACUGUACCUACAGAAAUGUUUAGCAAUGACCCCUCACUUGACAGUGAAUCAAAUGAUGUAUUGGAAAAUUCCCCAAAUGUAGACGAAUGGUUUGAUUAACAGUACCUGUCAGUCACUUCGGUGAAAAUCAAGACCUUGACUCAUCAAAAGUUUUGGACCAGGCAGUCUUAUCAAAGAAAUACCUUUUGUUUCAAGAAUAACAGUUAUGUAAUCAUUGUGAUUUGUAAUUACACAAGAACAAUUAAUAUUUUUGUUAAAUACAGACAUGCUCACAAAUCAGGGUUUAAACUUAUUUUCUUGCUGCAAUUAUAAGUAAAUUUCGAUCUUGCAGUGUUAUAAAAUAGUUAACUUGUUCUGUGAACAUACUGCUGUGUCAGUUCUAGACAAAUGAAAUAAAAUGUUAAAUAUGUACUGGUUAAAUAUUUAUUUUAGACAAUUAUUAAUAAGGUACAAUAUGAUUUGAAGCGCAAGGGCAAACAACUAUCUUCAUAAUGAACCACGCUUAAAUUUCUCAUGCUUAUAUUUUACAGUGUAAUAACACAAUACAUAGUGUAUGCAUACUAUAUGAAAUAAGCAUUUAUAAUUUAUUUUAAAUUCAUAAUAUACAUAUAUGUAAUAUUUUACCAAAUUGCUGUAAAUACAUAAAUUGAUAAAACAUACUUAUUUUAUUGAAUCAUUUCCUCAAACAAUUCUACCAUGCAAAAAAGCUUCACUACAGAUUUUUUUAUAACAUUUAAUAUUCAGUACUGUUAUGCUACACUUAAACUAUCUCUAAAUACUUCAUGGAAACAAUAUAAAAAAAUAAAAUGUCUACCUUUGAGAUUCUAUAAACUCAUGAGUACAUGUUCAUAAUUUUUUAAAUAUUUGAUUAGUCUAAAUGCAUGAGCUAGAAAGGUAAAUGGCAUUUUUGUGUUACUGCUAAUCAUUUAUCACGUUCAGACAGAAGUGAAAGAAUCAUAUUACUUCAUACACAUGGACAAGGUUACAUUUUAUGUAUGAGAUAGGGUUGAAAACAAUGAUUGUAAGUUGAACUGAAAUGACCACUAAAGCAUUUGAUGCUUGAUGAACAUAGUUUAGUUUCUCUAAUUUAGGUACUUACUUAUUUUAGAAAAUGGAAAGCUUAACAAUAUGUGCACAGGGUCCAUAGGCAAGCCACAAAUACAAAUAGUAUAGGUAUUAAGGACUAAGGUAAACCAUUAAUUAGUUAAGGUAGUUAAUCUUUUUAAAUCUUACUCAAAUUCUGUGUAGGUAGGUCACAGGUAAAUCUAUAAAGGUCUAAACUCUAAAUCACACCUAUUUGAAAAUUAUGUGAAGACUGUGGCUUACCUUAUAUGGAGUGCACACCCCAGUAGCUCAAAGUUACACUAUUAACAUUAUCAUUAACAUUUCAGCAUAUAAAACUUUCUAUUGUGUUUCAACAUUUAAGAAACACCAUGGGAAAUGAAUCACUUAUUAGAUACUAUUGAUUAUGAUGAAUAUUAUUACAAAUUGAAUGAUUAAAUUUUUAUAAUAUGAUUCAACAUUUAAGAAACACUAUCAUGAAAUGAAUAACUUAUUAGAUAGGUACCUACUAAUUGAUUACAAUGCCCCAUAGUUAACAAUAACUGGACUUGAAUUUUGGAAACUUAAAAUCCAUAAUUAAUUAAUUU